AUGCGCGGGCAUCUAGAAGAAGCUUACGAUACCCGUCUGGAAAAGGCACGUGGGUGGAUCAGGGAAGAACAGGACUUCACAAGCGACGCCCAAGCUGACGACUUCUUCCAAACGUUCAGUGACAUCACUGCUAAGAGCUCAACCAAAGCAGCAGGCAAUCUGCUUCACGUACUCGUCGAAGUUGUCAAACACAAUGGUCUCCAGCCGGAGAAAGUCGAACGCCUUGCUCGGAGGCUGGUGGAAGAAGCUCCGGAUCUGCUCCAGUACAAGAACAAAGACGGGCAGACUCCAAUUUUAAUGGCCAUUAGAACUCGCCAAGAUCAACUCCUCGACUACAUGAUCUCCGCUUGCGUCAGUCACAAGAAACGAAAGGAGAGUGCUCAAAACCUGAACACAGCCUUGUGUAGCAAGCACGAUGGCAAGCCGUGUCUUCAUGCAGCGUUUGGCGAGAAGUUGAAACCCGAGACUGUGAAGAUGCUGAUCGAAAACGCUAGCGACGAGGCUUUGAGCAUGACGGAUCACACGGGCAAGACGCCGAUACACCAUGCAGUACAGUUCAGGGGCUGUACAGAUUCAAGAUCGGCACUGAUUGACUUGAUGAUCCAAAGAGACUUCAUGGCAAGGCUGAACAAGCCGAAAUCAGCAAAGACGUUCCUCGACAUAUCCGAUCUGAACGGCUGCUCGGUUUUCCAGGAGCAUGCGAAUACCAGGAAGACGUACAUGGAGCAGUAUCACACUGCCCAGGCCGCGCAACGAAGAAAAAGGGAGUCCAAAGAGGCUCAAAAAGAAGCAGAGAGAGCCCCUCCCAGAGAACCCAGAUUGCCUGCCAACGCCAGAGAGUCAAAGGUCAACCCCGCAGCCAAAGGACCGGGAGACCGAGAUACCGAAAGAUACGGCCGUAGUAGCGGCCCAUCCGGUCCUACUGAUGACCUUGAGACUGAUGCACUAUACGCUUCUCGGCAUGCUGAGCCAACGUCGAAUACUGGUAUCAAGAGAAGCAAUACAGCCCGCCCAGAAAGGGACCCUGAGAGCGAAAAGCGAGUGGUCAAACCGAGUUCCUCCUCCAAGAAGAACCCGGAUUUUCAGAGUGCGCUGAGAAACCGUGAAAAGAACUCGAAUGAUAUUUUGCAGAAGCUGAAGCUUUAUUACAUGAGGACCCGCAACGCUGAGAUGGUCAUGUUCUUCUUAUACGGCAAGAAUAUGGAUGACAUCCAGAUAGGUUUCGACUAUCGUGGUUUGCCAUGCCCGAUACCAUGGAAAGAAUUCACCAAGAGGUUUGGCGAGAACGCGGUGGACGGCUACAAGUUUGACCCUGUACUUCAGUAUGCAACGUUUCCUCGCGUUGAAGUCUUGGUAAAGGGUCGUUCAGCUCAUCGCCAGGACAAACUAUCCCAUCAGGCCAAAGCCACUCUGCCAGGUGCUAACAGCCGCAAGGACGUGAAAUACUUUCUUGAUCGGCUAUACAAGAAAGGAGUGCGUCAUAUCAUCAAGCUAUCCGUCGAAGAUUCUGGAGACUCGGGGCAAAAGGUGCAUAGCGAUGAGGUGAUACAAUCAGCCUUGGAGAAGUUUGUGAUUGAGCAUCUGGACUGGCAAAAGACCGAUUUGGAUCCAGAGACCAUCCUUCAUAUCAGCAGUAAGGUCGCAGUAGAGGAGAGCUCACCUUCAGAUGGCUCAGAGAGUGUACGCUCGCCUUCGGAACGACAGCUGAGGAAGCUUACUCUGAUCUGGAGUGGCAGCAAUGCUGUUCUUAGAGCAUGGAGCGAACAGGAUGCCUUGCCCUUGCUACCUCAUCUUCAAGAAGUGGAGAUAAUCCCACCCCCUCCUCAUAUGUGGACCAACCAACGAAUUAUGGAGUUUGAGCGCAGACUCAAUAAGAAUCGGGAAUCGCCCCAUGAAGCGCAACUUCGACUUAGCGAUAGUCUAUCGUUCAGCGGCAACAUGUCCGGUCACAUCAGGGUCAAAGUAGUCGGCCCAGCCACAGGAAGCACGCUCGGAGUGACAUCUAACAUCGUGUCCCCAACAACAAUCUCGACUCCCGACCAAGGGGUAAACGAAGACCGUUGGCUAAGAUCCAUUGAAAGCUUCGCGAGUGCCAUGGCUCCAUACUGGGAAGAUACAGUCACAAACUUUCUCGAAACAAGGCAGAACUCGGGCACGACGGAGAGGAUCGAGAGUGAUGUUAUCGUUGCACUCAUUGACGAUGGUGUCGACAAGUUUGAGAUUGGCCGUCCGAACCAAGUCCUCGAAGGAAAAAGCUUCGACUUUCAUGAUGAGAGAGUUAACCCGCCCUAUUUGUCGGCACGGGGCCACGGUACUACUAUGGCGAGCAUGAUUCUACGUGCGAUUCAAGCAGCGUUGGACAAGAACGCUACCAUUAUCUCCAUGUCAUGGACCCUGCCGAUCGAAACCGGUAAAGACCACAUGAAGGAAGAAUUGCAUGCCGUUCUGAAGAGGGCUGUAGAAAACAAGCUGUUGAUGUUUUGCUCUGCACACGACAAGGGCAAGUUCACUGAGCUUGACUAUCCCAGUGGUCCAUGGCCCCACAGCUUCUUCCGCAUCGGCGCAGCCUAUUCCAACGGGACUGUGUUCCAAUGGACCCCCGAAGUCGGCAUCACCUACAUCUUGCCAGGCGUCGACGUAGUCCAAGACCAACUAAAAGGCGCUGGUGAAGGCUCCAAGACGGGCAAGAACUUGACAGGCUCUAGUGUUGCUACCGCCCUGGGAGCCGGUCUCGCAGCCAUGAUAAUCUACUGCGUCAAGGCCAGUAUUCUGUCCGUGAAAACGGCGAAUCAGAACAAGGCUGCGAUCCAUCCUAUUCCUGAUGACCGUGCAAUCCAGGUUGCUAAGCCAGAUGCCAUGAAGAGAGCUUUUGCAAGCUUGGUAUCUACGACGUCGAAUAAGUUUAUCCAGGUCUGGGAAGAGUUGGAUAAGGCGAGGGUGAUCUUGGAGAGAUGGGAGAGGGAGAAGUCAAUUCCUGAGGCGAAUCUUAAAUGCACACAGGAGUUUAUGCAGUUUGGCAUCAAACUCGCGAGCUCAGUUAAGCAGUGA